CGCGCGGACGGGGUGCGCUCUUCAGUCGGCGGAGAGGGGCGGCAGGAGCGGUGGCUUGUGACUCUGCUGACUGCCUCCCGUCUACCACCUCCCCCCCGCCUCCGCUCAAACCGGACGCAGACGCGAGCUCCGCUGCAGCCGCAGCCGCGGCCCGGCGAGGUGAUGGCCAAGGUGUCGGUACUGAACGUGGCGGUGCUGGAGAACCCAAGCCCUUUCCACAGCCCCUUCCGGUUCGAGAUCAGCUUCGAGUGCAAUGAGGCCUUGGCGGACGACCUGGAAUGGAAGAUCAUUUAUGUUGGCUCAGCUGAGAGUGAGGAGUUUGAUCAGAUCCUAGACUCGGUACUGGUUGGCCCUGUCCCCGCAGGAAGACACAUGUUUGUCUUUCAGGCUGAUGCCCCCAACCCCUCCCUCAUCCCUGAGACUGACGCUGUGGGCGUUACUGUUGUCCUCAUCACCUGCACCUACCACGGACAGGAGUUCAUCCGUGUGGGCUACUACGUCAACAAUGAGUACCUCAACCCAGAGCUGCGGGAGAACCCACCCCUGAAGCCAGACUUUUCUCAGCUCCAGCGGAAUAUCUUGGCCUCGAACCCCCGGGUGACUCGUUUCCACAUCAACUGGGACAACAAUGCAGACAGGCUGGAGACCAUAGAGAACCAGGACCCUGUUCUGAGCUGUGGUCUUCCCCUCAGCUGCACCCCUGUCAAGGGCCUAGGCCUCCCUGGCUGUAUCCCUGGCCUUCUCCCUGAGAACUCCAUGGACUGCAUCUAACUGUGGGAAGCCAGGCCCUGGCUGCACUCAGCCAGGACCACAGCCAGUCACCUGGCAUACCUGGAGGGGGCCCCAGGCCUCCCAGAGAGUCGUGUGGGGUCAUCUCAAGGAUUUUGGAGCCCUCCAGGCCUGUCUAACUUGGCUCCGAAGAAAAAAUGGGCACCAGGUCUCUUCCAGCCUCUGCCCAGAAGGAUCAUCUCACCUCCACCGCACAGGCCUAUAAGAAGCAGGUACUUCGUUGUUCAUUCUUACUGACUCGUGUUUUUCCUCUUCCACACACACUAUAAAUUCCACCUGCAGGCCAUUGUGCCACUAGCUCCCAUGAGUGCUUUUGACCCAAAGCUCUUCCUGCCUUGAGGCUCUGUCAAUCCCUGGCAAGGCUGUGGCCCUGUUGGGCUAAGGGUGCUAUCAUUUCUCUCCCUCUCCAACAUCUGAGCAGAUCAGCUUUCUGGUGUCACAGGCAAGGAAUCCUGGUUACGGGAUUCAGAUAACAAUUUCUGUCCUUCUCCCGGGAGUAUUUUUAGGUUUUUAAAACCCAGCAGCCCCUAGAAAACUCGUUUCCCACCAGUGUGAUCAUCAGGAUGCUGAGGAACAAUGGGUCUCUCUCUAAAUCACAGCCACCUUCCUGUCAUCUCCUAACCUGUCUGGCUUGUCUUGGAGGCUGCCCUAGGAGGCUGUGUGCAUUGGAGGGCUUGCUGUCUGGCGCAGGGUUGCUCUGUAGACCUUCGCCCCUGGCUGCCUUGGUCUUCUCUCUGCUAAGACGAAUGCUUUCAUAGGCCACAGAGUGAUUUUGGGCAAGGGAAACCUUCAGCACCCUGAAAACAUUCCCUCCCUGACCUAUGUCUCUGUCCCUCGCUGCUAUGUGGAUGCUGUUGUGAUUACAGUUUGUAUAUUAAAGGGUUUUUAUAUUAAAAGUGUUUGGUUGCUCUAAAAAUAAAAAGCACUUCAUCUAGA